GGAACAAUGGGGGCUUAUCAGUGCAUCCUACUACUCUUCAGCUGCCAGUUCCUUUACAUUUUGGCUCUGAAUUGUGCGGUGAUGAGUGGAAUCCUGAAGCAGAUAGAUGCUGGUUUGGGCUCAGUGGUUGGAGUGAAUGAUCAGAAUGAAGUCUUUGUUUUGUUUGAUAAUGUCUUUACAAAGAUAAAUAUACCUCUCAAACACUUCAGUAUUGGCCCUGCUGGUCAGCUGGGGGUGAGUGUGACAAACAACAUCUUCAAGUUUCAGAGUGGCCGCUUUGUGCAGCUUCCAGGUCUUCUAAAACAGGUGGAUGCUGGAGGUGAUCAGUUAAUUGCAGGUGUAAAUAUGAAUGAUGACAUAUACUGCUUAAAUAUGGAUGCUAACAACAGUGGCCCAUCCAGCACAAUUCCUUGGGUACAACUUCCUGGAAAGCUGAAGUAUUACAGCUGUGGCCCGUACAGCUGUUGGGGGGUGAACAGCAACGACAACAUCUUCAUCAUGAAGGGUGUGUCUAGUAAUAACUGUGGAGGCUCUGGCUCCUUUGAGAAUGUUCCUGGACUUCUGUCUAUGAUUGAAGUAGCAACUGAUGGCAGUGUUUAUGGUGUCAACUAUCAAGGGGUCUUAUUCCAAAGAGUUGGUGUCUCUCGAUCCAAUCCCACUGGCUCUGACUGGACAUCAUCUGUUGUCUGUCCCAAUAGCCACAAGCAUGUGUCGUUUGACCUGGGAGUGCUGUGGGUCAUUUGUGGUGACGGCUCCAUCCGAAGAUGUACUUAG